CUGGAUGAGGCAGUGGCUGAAGCCCAUCUGGGAAAGCUGAAUGUGAAGCUGACCAAGCUGACUGAGAAGCAGGCCCAGUACCUGGGCAUGUCCCGAGAUGGCCCCUUCAAGCCUGAUCACUACCGCUACUGAGAGCCAGGACUGCCUUUCACCUUCCAGCUGCCAUCCUUGUUCCAGGCCCCACCUCUGCUCCCAAGAGCAAAUGGCACCAACUCUGCAAUUGUUUGUCAGUGUCCUUCCUGCUGGCGCUGGUCACUCAGUCUUUGGCCUCUGCUGUGUCCUGCAUACUGUUGAAAGCGUGGCAAGGGGAAUUAAGAGGCCCAGUCAAGGGGACAGUGAGCUCAGGGGUCUUGGAAGUCCUUAGGCUGGAAGUUGCUAGUGGUGGUCAUAAGUCCAUGCACUUUACCAUCUAGGCCUUCACUUGGUCAUUAGACCCAUGUGUUUGGUUUACAGAUUCACUUGUUUCUCAGCCUAUGAUUUGAGAAGGAGCUCUAUCAAAG